AUGCUGCUUCCUCCACCAGUCGGCACGGCGCUGCCUCUCGUCAAGACGCUCGCCGAUACCGUAGACUUCAGCAAGACGGUCCUUCCCUUCGUCGACCAGCUCUAUGCUCUGCCUCAGCAGAUUCUACAAGCAGGCACCGACACGCAGGCUCUCAAGCAUCUGUACUUGUCGACCAACCCUCUGAUAUCCGGCCUCGCCUUCGCUCUGGCGAUCACGCCCAUCUUCCUCGUCGUAUCCGAGAUCAACAAGAACUACUCGCAGGUCGACCGCUGCUGGAGCUUGUUGCCCACCGUCUACAAUAUUCAUUACGAUGUCUGGGCUCGCCUGAAUGGUCUGCCUACCCAAAGACUCGACAAUGUCAUGGCCUUCAGCAUCUGCUGGUCCAUUCGUUUGACCUUCAACUACUGGCGUCGCGGUGGCUACAGCAUUGGCUCUGAGGAUUACCGGUGGGAAACAGUGCGCAGCUGGGUCAAUCGCCCACUCUUNUUCGUUUUCAAUAUCCUGUUCAUCUGUAUCGCUCAGAGUGUUCUUCUUUGGAUGAUCACCACUCCCACAUAUAUCCUCAUGCUCGCCUCGCGCCUUUCUGGUCAGAACAUGAACACCACCGACGUCGUCUUCGCCCGCGUUCUCCUAGGCCUCGUCGUCUUUGAGUUCUUCGCCGACGGUUCGCAAUGGAAUUUCCACAAGGCCAAGCACGCUUACCAGAAGACGGCCAAGGUUCCCGCCGGUUGGACUCGCGAGGACCUCGAGCCAGGCUUCAAUACUACCGGUCUCUUCCGCUACUCUAGACACCCUAACUUCCUCGGCGAGCAACUCGUCUGGGUCACCUUGUACCAAUGGUCCUGUGUCGAGACCUCGUCUUUGUACAACUGGACUGGUAUUGGCGCCAUGUCAUACCUGAUUCUCUUCCAAUCUAGCACCUGGCUUACUGAGAAGUUGAGUGCCGAGAAAUACCCAGAGUACAAGAUCUACCAGCAGAGAGUUGGCAAGUUCCUGCCUAAGCUCAUUGGUCCUGGCUGGAACGAUUACAUGAACGCACAGAAGAAGGCACCCAAGAAGAACUAG